CAGAGCACACAUAAAGGAACACUAAGAGUAAAGAGUACUGUAGAAAGACUAUAAAGUUCUUCAGCAGCUUUUAUUGCAAAGACACAGGACUGCCAGGAAACCAAAAUGACAAACCUCAUUAUCCGCAGUGUCCUGGUCACUGGUUCUAACAGAGGAAUUGGUCUGCAACUGGUAAAGACUUUUCUCAACAAACAGAAUCCACCAGAACAUGUCUUUGCAGCGUGUCGGAAUCCAGAAACUGCUCAGGAACUCAAGUCCUUGACCUCCAAAUACUCAAACCUCAUUACUGUCAGGAUGGAUGUAACAGACAAAGCCAGCAUUGAAGAUGCCUACAGUGUGGUAAAGGAGACCCUGAAAGGACGUGGUCUGAACUUGCUGAUCAAUAAUGCUGGUAUUGCCAUCUACCACCCAAUGGAUGAAACUACAUCAGAGGACAUGAUGAGACUCUAUAAAACGAAUACGGUAGGACCAAUGCUGGUUACUCAGAUAUUUGCUCCCUUGCUGAAGAAAGCCGCACAAGAAAAUCCUAAUGAAAUUAUGAGCUGCAGCAAGGCUGCUGUGAUCCACAUAUCCAGUGGUUUAGGCUCUAUAAAAAGAGUCUCACUUGAAAUAUUUAAAAAUCCUUUAAUAGAAUACCGGUGCAGCAAGGCAGCACUGAAUAUGUUAACGCGAUGUCAGGCUGAGACCUACAAAUCUGAUGGGAUUAUUGUUGUGACUUUUGCUCCUGGAUGGGUCCAAACCGACAUGGGUGGUGCAACGGCUUCACUGAAGGUGCACGAGAGUGUGGAUGGAAUGAUGAAAGUGUUUGACACCCUGACGGAAAACCAUAAUGGAAUGUUUCUGAACUGGGAAGGACUGACUAUACCGUGGUGAACACAAUCAUGAGAGAUAUACAAGCAAGGAAUGAGAACCAUGGCUGUCUACAAGUAAUGAAAUGCACACAAUAUGCUUUUCUAGCUUGUGAGUCUGUCUGGAGAUACAGUAUUUCAAGUCUUGCCAAUUGAAAUGUGUUUGUGGUGUUAACAGGACUUGUCUGAUCGAUACACAUUCAUGUGAUCCUAAAAUAUAGUCUGAAGUCGUCUUUGGGGUGUGUGCAUACUUUAAAAAAAACUAAAGACUGUAGAUGGCCCAUAAUUAUGAAAAAAUAAAUCAAAUAAUUUCAGAUCUA